AUGGCUGGAGGAGAUAAUCAUGUGGAUACCUCCAGCGAAGAUGAUGUUGAUGCUCCGAUAGUGCUGCGCAGAGGAGUGAACCCAAUUGUAGCUAAAGAUUGGGCUCAAGAGAUAAAGGAGCUGUUAGGCAUGCUAGAGUGCACAGAGGAACAGAAGGUGAGGUUUGCCACCUUUAAGUUAGUGAGGGAAGCAAAGAGGUGGUGGAGGUCAGCCAAGAUGGUGGAGGAACAGUGCCUAGGGUAUGCAUCUAUUACUCGAAGCCUCUAUAGAGAGGUUUUCUUUAGGAGAUACUUCCCUAUUGCCACUCGAGAGGCGAAGGUUGUGGAGCUUUCUCGUUUCGCUCCGCAUAUGGGCCCUGAUGAGCCGAAAAAGGCUUGGAUAUUUGAGAGAGGUCUGAGGCAGGGUGUACGAUCACAGGUAGCAUUGUUAUUGACUCAGAGUUUCUCUGGGCCAGUGAACAAGGCCAUGGCAGUCGAGACCAGCAUUCAGGAGGGGGAGAAAGUAGAAAAUCAGAAGAAGCGGCCCUUGCCUUAG